CUCCUCUGGGGGUUAAUUUGUGCAUGGGGGGGGAACGACACUCACAAAGUGUCUUUCCUAUCGGUUGUGUUAGCAACAAAAUAGCAAGUGGGCCCCACUGCUAUAGCCUAAGGGUGGGGGUUUCUGUGUUGCCCUCAAGGAUAAAAGUCAUACUACUGCUGCUAAUGGAGAGGCUCCUCUUCGCCCUGCGGUAGUGUUCCCUGCUUCUUGCCCCCGUGCUGUGCUUUGCAUGUCAGCUGGAUGUGGUUGUCUGCCCUCUGCAAGGAGCGGACUGGGGGAGAAGUGACAUCUGUGUGGGAGUCGCCUCAAGGAACCUGCCUCCUUGGCCUGGUGGGGACUGGCAACGCAGGCGCCUUAUCGGCAUCCCGGAGGCCGAGGAGAUAAGCGCUGGGGCAUGCAAGGCCUUGGAACAGGAGCAGCCAUUGUCCUUGGUCGCCUUGUGCAGAUUUUUGUUGGGGGGAAGAGAAGAGGAAUGGGAAAAUGUUGAAGGAUAUGGGGAGGAAACCCCCAAAUAUUUUUACCAUUUCCCUAGGCGAUUUGGAACUUCUAGGUGUGUCCCCUCCCCCCAACCGACAGAUCAGUUCACUUGGUUCUGUUCCUGGCACUGUGAGGAAGUGUGAAGUCCAGUGAGGGGGCAGUGGUCAGGACUCCUGGGUUCUGUUCCCGCGGCCGCUACUGACUAUGUGACCUUCGGGCAAAUCUUUUCCCGUGGCUGUAGCAUGGGGCUAAAAGUGGCUCCCUCCUGGGGGGUGGCAUUGAGAGGGUUAAUUUGCUAAGUCUGUAACCUGCAUUGAGAUCCACGGAUGGCAAAUACAGCAGCAAGGAGGAAGAUGCUGUCCCGCCGGGGCUGCAAGCCUGAGGUCCUCAUCCUGACUAUGGUGGGGAUCGGCGGCCUCCUCUUCCUCAUGACCGACGAGGGCAAGCACGUGAUGAAGGCUGCCACGAGAGUCAGCAGUUCCAGCCCCCCCACCCCGCCGCCCAGUGUCCCCACAACCCCAUGGCAUGGCCCCGAGUGCAAGGAGAGCUCCUCGGUCGCCAAUAUCUCCGGCUUCGCUGACCUGCCCGGCCACAUCCAGGACUUCCUGCGCUACAAGCACUGCAAGGAGUUCCCCCAGCUGCUGGACGCCCCCGACAAGUGCGGGGGGCCUGAGGGCUCCCCGGAGGUCUUCCUCCUCCUGGCCAUCAAGUCGUCGCCCGGGAAUUACGAGCGGCGGGAGAUCAUCCGCAAGACUUGGGGGGAGGAGAGGACGUACCAAGGGGUCCGUAUCCGCAGGCUCUUCCUCGCCGGGGAGGCGAGGGAUGCGCGGGAGGCUUGGAAGCUGAACCGGCUGCUGCGGCUGGAGGCGGCGGAGCAUGGGGACGUGCUGCAGUGGGCGUUCCUGGACAGCUUCUUCAACCUGACCCUCAAGCAGGUGCUGUUCCACAGCUGGCUGGAGGCCCACUGCCCCGGCGCCCGCUUCCUCCUCAACGGGGACGACGACGUCUUCACCAACACGGACAACGUGGUGCACUACCUGCUGGGCAUGCGGGGCGCCAACGACGGCGACGGGCACCUCUACGUGGGGCAGCUCAUCGCCAACGUGGGCCCCAUCCGCGAGAAGUGGAGCAAGUACUACGUGCCUGAGCAGGUCACCGCCACCAACUCCUACCCACCCUACUGCGCGGGCGGCGGGGUGCUCAUGUCCGGCUUCACCGCCCGCACCAUCUACAAUGAGUCGCUGGGCAUCGAGCUCUUCCCCAUCGACGAUGUCUACCUGGGCAUGUGCCUGCAGAAAGCCGGGCUGGCCCCGGCCUCCCACAUGGGCAUCCGGACCGUGGGCGUCAGGGUGCCCUCCUCCAAGCUGGAGUCUUUUGAUCCCUGCUACUACAAGGAGCUGCUGCUGGUGCACCGCUUCGUGCCCUACGAGAUGCUGGUGAUGUGGCAGGCCAUUCACGAGCCGGACCUGCGCUGCGGGAAGAAGCUGCAGGUCUACGAGAGCAUCUGAGCGGCCCCUGGAGUCCGAGGGGAGGGGGCACCAGGAAGGGAUGUAAUGCCAGGUUGAAGGUGCUAGGGCAUCGGUGGGUGAUGCCACCCAUCUAGGUCUCCGCUGCUGUGCCCCGAAUGCUCCAGAACAGUCACCUCUUUCUUGCUCUUGAUGCCUAUUCCAGGAAGUCCCGGCUCCAAGGGGCGGGACUUCCAGGAACGAGCCUCAGCAGGACUUACGGUUCUGUUGGCUAACAUGCAUGGAGUGCACAGAGAUGCUGAACGGCUCACUGGCUUCUGGUCCUGUCCCAACUGGUUUGGUUCAUUUGCCGUUCUUGGGAUGUCAGAAGCUUUUCCCGCAGCUCCUCCCUUCCCCGUGGCUGCGAUAAGCAUUUCGAGCUGGGCAGGGAUCCCUUUGCAGCGAUCCCCUGGGGGCGGCUACCUCUGAGAAAGCAACUGCCAGAAAGCCGCCAGACUGGGGUCUCUCUGGGGUGGAGGGGGGAAUUUCUGCCUCCUUGACUAAUGGGCCCAUUGCCACCUGGGUGCCCGAAUCCUGGGCAGGAUGUCACUGGCUUGGCCGAUGCCUAGAUCUUGGCCUAGACGCUGCGUCUCUGGGGCCAAAGGUCCAAACGCAGCAGGAAGUGGGUCGGGUGUCUGGCGUGAGGAGCUUGGCUCGGGGUCCCAGGCCCAGCCCCUGUUUCACCAUCGGCCCUAAGAGCAGGAGCUGGGCGUCAUGCACAUCCCCGCUCCAGAGCUCGGGGGGCCAGAUCUGCCCCGGCGUAACCAGCUGUGGCCCCGUAAAGUCAAUGGAGUCGUGCCUAGCGAGCCCCGGGUGAAUUUGGCUCUGGGGCUACGAUGCAGAAGCAGACAGUACGGCACCAAGGGCUGAUUUCCAAAGUGCUGCCCUGUCCCUGAGAAUCCGGCCUCGUGCACAUUCCCAAGCCCCUUGCAGGACACGGCUGAUCUGAACGGGGCUUGGUUCAUGUAGGACUUGGCACGGCCAGACGGGCAUGGGGGGCUUGGCAGAGGCCCAACCUACGACCCUCCCUGGAUCUGCCCAAGCAGAGGGCAAACCCCAGAUCUGAACUGCUGUUAAACUCGACCCACUGGCAAUUUCUGUUGCUCAGUCAAGAAAGCUGCCAGGGUGCGGCAACAGAGCUGUGCACCUCUCUGAACCUGUCCGCUGCAUCCCUCUGGCUCUGACAAACUGCUGCUGAGACUUUGCCAGUUAAUUGUGUUUUAUGAGAUAACAAGCCCAAAGUUUCCAAGCUC